GCAGCGACUGUCCCGGUUACAGAGCCUCCUUCAAGACUGCAUAAAGAUCUGGCUGAAGAUGGCAGAUGCAAGCGUAGUCACCCACCCUGGCAAGACCAGCCUGGAUUACUACAGGAAUGACAGCACAGUGCUGUCUCUGUAUGGAAACCUGGUGAACGACACAGACUUGACGUGCGACAAGAGGCAGGUCAGGCAGUUUGCUCGAGCCUUCCUGCCAGUGUUUUUCUGGCUCAUCUUCUCUGUGGGCACCAUGGGAAACGCCUUGGUCGUGCUCGUCUAUUGCAAAUACCGCUUCAGGAGGAGUGUGAUGGAUCGGUACCUGCUGCACUUGGCCAUUGCGGACCUGCUCCUCCUCUUCAGCCUCCCCUUCUGGGCCAAGGCUGCCUCCGAUGGCUGGAUCUUCAAGAACGUCAUGUGCAAAGUCGUCAACAGUAUGUAUAAGAUAAACUUCUAUGGCUGCAGCUUGUUUCUAACCUGCAUCAGCUUUGACAGGUACAUCACUAUCGUCCAAGCGAUGAAAGCCAGAACGUCUAAGCGAAGGCGGCUCCUGCGCAGCAAACUCAUGGUCUUGGCUGUCUGGCUGACGUCUGUGAGCCUGUGCAUCCCAGAAAUCAUGUACAGCCAAAGCAUGCGGGUGGGUGAUGUAACAGUUUGCAAAAUUACAUACCCACCAAACGUCAACAUGAUCUUCGGAGUUACUGUCCUGGCCUUGAAAGUCACAAUCGGAUUCUUCCUCCCACUCCUUGUCAUGGUUAUUUGUUACACCCUUAUCAUCAACACACUCCUGCAAGCCAAAAGAUCCCACAAGCAGAAAUCGCUGAAGAUCAUCACCGUGAUCAUUACCGCUUUCCUCUUCUCCCAGUUCCCGUACAAUAUUGUUUUGCUGGUCAAAACCAUCAACACCUAUGCCAGGGUGGCGUACAGCUGUCAGGCUGCUGACCGGCUGGACAUCGGACUGCAGGUCACCCAAGGCAUCGCCUUCCUCCACAGCUGCCUCAACCCCUUCCUCUACGUCUUUGCUGGGGAGCGGUUCCGGAUGGCGCUGGGCAGGAUGAUGCAGAGCGGCGGCGGCUGUUGGAGUGGGGGCCAAGAGCAGUGCUCCUCUGCCUGCGACAGCCAGGAGCACAGCUCAAACUGGUCCUUUGCCAUGCUGGGCAAACGGCGGGUGAGAAGCUCCCUGACCCUCAGCACCCACUUGACCUCCUCUGUUAUGCCCCCACCUUGCCAAGACCUCUUGUAAGUUA